AGGGUCAUACUGACAUGUAGAUGAACAAAAUUAAUAUUUCAAAUAUUAAUUUUGGGUUCAAAUAAUUUCAUUUUUACGAUUCGAUAGCCCACAACUAUAUAUAUCAAUCAGUGGUACAAUAGUGAGUUUUAAACAAGUAAAAAAACAGCCAGAAUACAUUAUCUAAAAUCAGUAACCUAGAUUAUACAUAGACCUAUAAAGAACAGAACAAUAUAAUUACAGAUAUAAAUUUGUUUCCAAAAUCAAUAUUACAAAUUUGUAGUAGACUUCUUAUAGACCAGAACGAUAAGGACUAUAAUUAUGUUUGGAAAUAGCAGAACCUUUUUGGCCGUUUAUAAUAAGACGGUGUGAAGGAGGUUGCAUGACACAUACCCGUUAUAAGUGCCGGUGGAGCUCGGAAGACGCGUCCAUUUCAGUCCCGGGGGUGUUCACGAGCACAGCGCGUCUCCGAGCAGCACUUCCGCGCCAUGACCGAGCGGGAUUUAACCGCUUUCACCCUCUUACCGACCGCCACCGAGCACAAAGAUCCCAAACAUAACUCUCUGCAAAAACUUUACUGCAGGAAUGGAGGAUACCAUCUCCGGAUCCAACCCAGCGGGACGGUGGACGCCAGUCGGCAAGAGAACGACGCUUACACUCUUUUAAAGGUAAAAGCAGUGAAAGCAGGAUUGGUGGCCAUUAGGGGACAUGAGACUGGACUGUACCUGGCAAUGGAUAAAUAUGGAAAACUUUAUGGCACUGUCACGUUGAACGAUGAGUGUUACUUCGUUGAGAAGAUGGAGGAGAACCAUUACAACACAUACCGCUCGCAGAGGUAUCAGGAGAACGGAGACUGGUACGUGGGGAUCAGGAAAAACGGAUGGGCCAAAAACGGCUCCAAAACUCACAAGGGCCAAAAUGCUAUCUACUUCCUGCCAAUUCCAGUGGAUGGCAGCAUUCAGUAACCCGUGCUCUCAUCUGAGGCCCAGAACCUGAUGUAUGUGCACAGCAUAUUAUAUGUCAUGCUGGUACAUGUGAAUGUAAAGGAAUUAAAAAAAAAAAAGUUUGGACGGAUACAAAAAUUAAUAAAAAAGCCCGAUCCUAUUCUUAAAUACACUGCAUUAAAGACUACCGCAUAAUUACACGUACGCUAUAUCUUUAAGCUGUGCAUAAGAAGUGAAAUAUAUCUCAGAUAGCUUUACUGUGAAAAGUACUUUCUGUAGUGCAAAAUAAAUGAAUAUUUUGACCAUUUAGCAUUAAAUAACAGCCAAUAAAAGUGGUUGAAAACUCAUUAGAAACAAAUAAGUUUAUGGUUUAUAAUUAUUGUCAACUCCAAAAUGAUAUCCUCAAUAGCUGUGAAUCACAUAUUUUGAAUACUUAAAGUGCAUGAAUUAAAAAAAAUAAACAAUUUAAUGAUAUUUUGGUUUAUUACUAUUAUUUUAACAUAUAUUUUAAUGAGCUCUUUCAGCUCGUUAUCAGCCAUUGUUAUUUUAGCAUUGUUUAUAUACCAUAAUUGUAUUUAUGAGUAUUUUGAAAAAUAUUUCA